UCCGAUGGAUUCUGUAUAAAAGGGUCUGUGGAGCAUCCAGUUGGCACAGCAAGUUGAAUUCCUACCUCCACUGCGGAACUACCUCCCUACUAAUCCAUCAUGAUGGGCAAGAUCACCUUUUACGAGGAGAAGAACUUCCAGGGUCGCUCCUAUGAGUGCAUGAGCGACUGCUCCGACAUGUCCUCCUACCUGAGCAGGUGCCAGUCCUGCAGGGUGGAGAGCGGCUGCUUCAUGCUCUAUGAGAGGAACAACUACAUGGGCCAGCAGUUCUUCAUGAGGAGGGGAGAGUACAACGACAUGAACCGCAUGCAGAGCAUGGGAAUGAUGUUUGACAACAUCAGGUCCUGCAGGAUGAUCCCCUUCCACAGGGGCCAGUUUAGGAUGAAGAUCUACGAGAGGGAGAACUUCGGUGGUCAGUCCAACGAGAUGAUGGACGACUGUGACAACAUCCAGGAGCGUUACCGCAUGUCCGACUGCCAGUCCUGCCACGUGAUGGACGGACACUGGCUGAUGUACGAGCAGCCCCACUACAAGGGCAGGAUGAUGUACAUGAGGCCCGGAGAGUACAGGAGCUUCAGGGAGAUGAUGAGCGGCCAGAGGUUCAUGAGCAUGAGGCGUAUCACUGACAUGUGUUAGACCCCCUGAAGAUGUUUCACUGAAUAACAUGAAUAAAUGCUAUAUUGUAACAUAA